AGCUCCAUCCUCCGAUUGGACGGCUCGCGCAUGCUGUCCGAAGAAACAGGAAAAGACUUGUUUUGCAGCAGGAGCAACACUGGAAUCUACAAAGUACUUUAUUUCAAGGCUGCAAGAUGAAGAAGCAAAAGGAGAGCCAGUGCACUCAGAAGACCAUCUCAUUGCUGAGCCCCCUGGGGACGAUCCAAGUCAGCGGAUGUGAGAAUGGUGUGCACACCAUCCAGAUCCUAAUGGAUGUCGCACCUGCUGAAAGGAGCAGCGAGGCCCCCCUGAGCUGUGUGGUCAACGAUAGCCCAGCAGAAACGAGCCCCGAGUUGCAGCGCUGCGUUGAAUGGCUCCAGGCGUACUUCAGUGAGCCGCAGACCACUGGGAGUCUCCCGUUCCCUGCCUUUCACCACCCCGCCCUGCAAGGAGGCGCGUUCACCAGCCGCGUGCUGCACGUUCUUCUGAGGGAUGUGAAGCUGGGAGAGACGGUCUCUUACAAACGCCUCGCUGAAAUGGCGGGAAACCCCAGAGCGGUGCGGGCAGUGGGAGGGGCUAUGAGGAGGAACCCGGUCCCCCUCCUGAUUCCUUGUCACAGAGUCAUUUCCAGCUCUGGACAGAGUGGGCCAUACAUGAGCGGCAAGGGCAACCAUCUCAAACAAUGGCUGCUCACCCAUGAGAGGCAGAGAGGGAAAGGCUGAAGCAUUUCAGAGCCCAACUGUCCUCUGUGCAGUGCCCACACAAGGCUGGAAUUUUCCUUUUUUUAUUUUUAUUAGUCUUAAAAGAACAAAAAAACAAGGCCAUAAAGUUAGGAGCCCUAAGCACACACUGUGGAAACAACUGGAGUUGUAAAUAUUCAGUUUAUGCUUUCUUAAAAUCUAAGAAUAGAGAUGCUGCAUAACUAAUGGGAUACAGAGUUGUAGCAGAAUUAGAAUGUACAAAAAUAACUUAAACAGAGAACAGUAGGAAUUACAAACAUAUGCUCCCGUGGGUCUCUGUUGCAUUUGCCAAAAUAAUGCUGGAAUGGUUUUUCUAAAGAAUUAUUAUUCCCCUUAAAAAUACGUCUAUUGCAUUGUUGUUGUUGUUGUUGUUUUUCCUAAGAAGAAUUAGUCUUUGUACCUCUUGUUGGUUUUUGUAAUUUCCUGCCAAGUAAAUGCUUUGUUCAACAUCCAGUGAUAAAGGCUCCGAUUUUUACAGCUACAAAGCUUUGUAGUGAAGCAUUUGUUUUGUCUUCGUUUAGAUCUCAUUGUUUGCUCUCGCCUUAUAAUCCACCUAGAGCGGAGAAGUCUUAUGUUUCUUAUAAUGUAUGCUUUGUCGCAAUUUUAAAUAAAUGCAUCACAAAAUGACU